AUGGUGCUCGUUGGCCUGGCGUCGUGGUACAGACGCGUCCACGCAUCAGGGAGUGACUCGCUUGUUGAGAAUCAAAGCACACGUGCUGACCAGAGCCGCAUAUGGGCAGUCAUUCUCGACGUCUCGGAUUACAUUCGGUACUUGCAGUUUGUCUUCCUAGCUGGAUCACUUACCAUGGAAUAUCCGGGGUUUUAUCAACCCGUGGUAAGCCAGGUGGCCUGGUCCUCCCUCUUGUACUGGAGUGGCCCGAUCGAUCAUGGAUUCACCUACAGGGGGGUUGAGGACGGCAUGUAUGUCAGUAACGCAUCUUAUGGACUAGAGUACAUGUCGCAGAUGCUUGGGUUUCCUCAAAUGCCCGACAUUAUGUUUGACGCAUUUAUAAAUCUGUUUCUUUUGGUAACGGGGUUGGUCGUCGUUCUUGUGGCUCUCUAUCUAGGCACUUUCGGACCGAGUCAGAAGCUACCGUUCAGUUUGGCUUUCCGCGAUGGGGGCUAUAUGGUCAUCGGCUUGGCGCUGUCCUUCUUCAGCCUUCCUCUCUUGUCGUUCAUGUCCUACGAGCUGAUUCUCAUUGGAUACCUGCCCAACUACCGAGUCAUCCUCGUCGGGAUCGCCAUGGCCAUUAUCGUUCUCGCGAAUUAUCUCAUCACACGCCGUUUCAACCCACUCGAGGAAGUAGAGGUUGGCUCACAGUUGGGUGGCAACAUGGAAGACCAUUUCAGUGUUUCACGAGAGGUCUUCAGGGCUUGCUCGCACUAUCUUCCGCACGCCAUCCCUCUGAUACAAGGCAUCGUGAUUGGUGGCCUACAAGAUUAUGGCUUGACACAGCUUUUAGUCUUAGGAAGUUGCGAAGUGAUAUUCCUCGUUCACUUAGCAGGUCAGCAGCGUUUACAGAUCCUCACGUCUAGAAAUGCCUGGUGUGCCUGUGUCCGACUUCUCACGCUGUGCCUGAGCACCGCAUUUACCACAUCCCUAAGUGAGACGGGUCGGCAAUGGAUUGGAUACCUCAUCUUGUGUCUCCAUGGUGCAGUGAUCUUGACCCAUUUCGCGCUUUCUAUUUGGCAACUCACUCGUGCAUAUCGGAAGAGCAAGUUGUUUCCGGGGCAGACUUCACAGUCUCUUCCGCUCACAGACGUUGAUCCAUUCCGUCCAAGCACCAACAAUGGAUCUGCAGCGGACAACAACUCCUUAGCCCUCCAAAAAGAUAGCCUCGGGAGGUUCGCAGACUACACUCGUUCCGGAUCAUCGGGAACAUCUUCCUAUCGAGGAAUUGAGAUUAGAACCAGCUUCAACAACUAUCCUAACCACAGAGCGCCCCCGACUUCAAUGCCGGCAAAUACACAACACGACGCCACUGAGUUCACGGACUUCUAUCGAGCCCCACGAGCACGGAUUGGGCCUCAAUCGUCGUGUACUGAUUCCGGACGCAGUUCAACCUCCGAUGACCUCAAUGAGUCCGCACAUUCCAGCGAUGAACCAUCAUUCGAGCUGACGUCAGCAAACCGUGUUUCUCAGAAUACCCUCGACGAAUGGCUAGAUGUCCCAGGGCGGUUGAAUGUGGAUUAUUCUGUUCGAGAGUCUGAUCAGUUCUACGGCAGACAGAAACCUAGUGACACGGUGUCGGAAUCCUCCUCGACCAUGGGGUUAACCGGAAUUGUCGGUAGUGAGGCAUCCGGAAAGGAUACGCUAAAGCACUGGACACGGAGGGCUGUGACGCGAUUAAAACCACCCAAGAAGCCAAAGGAGAAGGGCUUCAAAGUUGUCAGGCCGGCAGGGCCGGCAGGGCCGCCGGGUCCGUCUGAGCUACCUUGA